AUGGAUCUAAAAGACGACGAAAUGUCUCCAGACGCGUUGAUUCGAAGACACUUGCACAAGACACCCAUCAAAGUGUCGGCAUGGGAGAUUAAGAAAUUUUUCGAAGAUGAAUCAAAUGCUUCCGAAGAGUUUCUGGGGUAUUCGCUGGAAAAAUUGGCGGAAAUUGCGCCGGAUUUUGAGGAGACCCAUAAGGAAUUAGUGCAGGAAUUGGAGAAAAACACACUGUUGGCAGUGCCAAUGUUCAGAGAAAUUCCAAUUAUGACUCUUCUGGAAAUCCUGACCCAAUGUACCACAUCCAUCCAAUCAUUCGAGUUCUUUCCCGAUUUCCCUCGCCCUCCAGCCACAAAACUCGUCGAUCACAUCUUCCCAGAUUCCAGUUUAUCACCAGAAGAGAAAAUUAUGGAAUACGAGAAAGUGGCAAAAUCCACACCACGAAUUCUGGAAUAUUUGAUUUCAUGGAGGGAUCAAGUACAGGAAUAUGUAAAUGGAUUGAUGAGAUUUGAGAAGAAAUAUUCGGAGGAAUUGAAUGAGAAUCAAUUAGAACGAAUUGAUCAAUUGAUUGGGAAGUCACAAGGAUUGAUUCCAAGAAUAAAUGAGAAAAUCGAGCAGAAGAAUUCGGAUAGUGAAACGGAAAUCGAAGAAUUCGAAAAAUUCUAUCGCGUCGUCUCGAAAGAACCCAAAUAUGCUGAAAUGGACACUCGAGUGGCUCGUAGUCAAAUUCAGCACUUAUUCGAUGAAUCGAAUCAUGAUCUACGUGGAAUUAUCGCCAGAAUGGGGGAUUCUACAGAAAAAGAGGUCAAAAAAGAGAUUCUGGAGGAAGAGAAGCAGGAGAAAGAAGUUUUGAAAAAGAAGACGGCAAAUGGGGAUAGCUUGAAUACGGAUUUCAGACGGACGCCACGUGGCAUCAAACGUAGCAUCAUUGCCACCGCACACGAAGAAGACAAGGCUUCUGUAGAAUGCGGUCGACGCAAAAGUGUCCGAUUCGAUUUGGAGAAUUGCUAA